AGCGAGGCGGGCCACGGGCCCCGCACCCCUGGCCGGUCCGUGCUCUCCCCGUGGGGAGGGGUGCAGGCUGCCAGGAAAGAUGCCGCUGCUGUGUGACUGCUGCUGCUGUUAAUGCAGAUAAGUGGAUAUGCAGGGGCAUGGAAGAAGUCGUGACCUUCCAUGACCAACCCAGAGAGGCCCAGGUUGGGAAAGUGCUUCAUUAUUUGUGGAGGAGAGUACGUUAACCUUCUCCUCUUUAUCCCUUGCAAUUAAAGUAAACAAGGUAUUUGAAAAGAAAAUGCUGUUCAUUAGGAUGCUGAGGCGACUGGGGCAGAGCCCAGCCUGUGGCUGUUGGACACCUGUCCUGCCGGUCCGCUUUCUGGGCAUCUCCCCUCGGCAAAUUCCAGCAGAUGCUAACUUCCACUCUGCGUCUUUCUCUGACACAGACCAUCCACGAGUCUUAAUUACAGGGGGUCUUGGCCAGCUGGGAGUGGGGCUUGCUAAUCUUUUGAGGAAACGAUUUGGAAAGGACAAUGUGAUUUUGUCUGACAUAAGGAAACCCCCCGAUCAUGUCUUUCACAGUGGUCCGUUCAUUUAUUCUGAUAUCUUGGAUUAUAAGAAUCUUCGGGAGAUCGUGGUAAACAACCGCAUCACCUGGUUGUUUCAUUACAGCGCUUUGCUCAGCGCCAUUGGAGAAGCAAAUGUUUCCCUGGCGAGAGCAGUGAAUAUAACUGGCCUGCAUAAUAUCCUGGACGUUGCUGCGGAACACAAUCUGCGAUUGUUUGUGCCUAGCACGAUCGGGGCUUUUGGACCCACCUCUCCCCGGAAUCCAACCCCCGAUCUCUGUAUUCAGAGACCCAGGACCAUCUACGGGGUGUCCAAGGUCCACGCGGAGCUCAUGGGAGAAUAUUAUCAUUACCGGUAUGGGUUAGAUUUCCGAUGCCUGAGAUAUCCUGGAAUCAUUUCAGCUGACUCCCAGCCUGGAGGAGGAACAACUGACUAUGCAGUCCAGAUUUUCCAUGAUGCCACAAAGCAUGGCAAAUUCGAGUGCAACCUGGAAGCCCGCACGAGGCUGCCCAUGAUGUACAUUGACGACUGCCUCAGGGCCACCCUGGAGGUCAUGGAGGCCCCAGCCGAGUCCCUUUCCAUGAGGACCUACAAUGUCAGCGCCAUGAGCUUCACACCUGAGGAGCUGGCCCAGGAGGUCCUCAAGCACGUGCCGGAAUUCCAGAUCACAUACAACGUGGAUGCCGUUCGGCAGGCCAUAGCGGAUAGUUGGCCGAUGAACUUUGAUGACAGCAAUGCUCGGAAGGACUGGGGGUGGAAACAUGAUUUUGAUCUUCCAGAGUUGGUGACUGCCAUGUUGAACUUCCAUGGUUCUGAAACCAGAGUUGCCCAAGCCAACUGAAAGAAUAUGGAAGAGGAGCUCCUGUGUCCUGGUCCACUGUCAAAGGAGAACUGUCACAACUCCAAGGUUAUAGACUCCAAGGAGCCUACAUUAUUUGGAACUGACUAAUUGGACUAAAUUUUGGCAGCUCAUAUUGAACUGCUAGACAAAGAAUGGAGUUAACAUUUAAGCAUUUUCAGAAUGUUGUAGGUAUGGUGGUGGGACUUUUCAGUUUUUGCUGUUUGCCUGAACUUGUCUAAAUACAUUCCACAGAAUAAGGCUUAAGUCAUCAUUACUUUCCAUUUCCUUAAUUAGGAUGAAGUGACCGUUUCUGGGAAGGUGGGAGUAUGUGACAUUUGUAUUUAAUUAAAUUCAAUUUAAAUAUUC